CUCUCCUGCUGCGUCGCGCGCUCUCCUCCUGCGUUGCUCCAGCUGCUGCCGCUGCUGCUGUUGUCUGCCUGCCUGACGGUGUGUGCGUGCGUGCGAUCUCCUUUCCGCUCGCACCGUGCUGCUGCUCUUCAAUGUAGCAAAGACCAUGACAGGCAUCGCCGCCGCCUCCUUCUUCUCCAACAUUUGCCAGUUCGGAGGCUGCGGACUGCAUUUCGAGUCGCUGGCCGAGCUCAUCGUGCACAUCGAGGAUAAUCACAUCGAUACAGAUCCUCGUGUGUUGGAGAAACAGGAACUGCAGCAGCCCACAUACGUCGCCCUCAGCUACAUUAAUAGGUUUAUGACGGACGCAGCACGGCGGGAGCAUGAAUCUCUGAAGAAGAAAGUUCAGCCAAAGCUGUCACUCUCACUGACCGGCAGCCUUUCACGCAAUAGCGUAGCCACGCCCCCCCGCCACAACAGCGGUAACCUCACCCCACCCGUGACCCCUCCCAUCACGCCCUCAUCUUCAUUCAGGAGUAGCACCCCCACAGGCAGCGAGUACGAUGAGGAGGAAGCAGAAUACGACGAGUCCGACAGUGACGAGUCAUGGACCACCGAAAGUGCCAUUAGCUCUGAAUCUAUCCUCAGUUCCAUGUGCAUGAAUGGCGGUGAUGAGAAACCCUUCGCAUGUCCCGUGCCUGGAUGCAAAAAGAGAUACAAGAAUGUGAAUGGUAUCAAGUACCACGCCAAGAACGGCCACCGCACUCAAAUCCGCGUUCGCAAGCCCUUUAAGUGCCGGUGUGGUAAAAGUUACAAAAGCUCUCAGGGGCUUCGACACCACACCAUCAACUUCCACCCACCCGUCUCUGCCGACAUCAUCCGCAAGAUGCAGCAGUAAAGAGUGCCAACAUCACACACAGAACCAAUCCAAAUCCAUACGCACCAGCAGCCGUGGCUGUCCGUUAACUUCCAUCCGUCUCGUCCCCAGAGUUGUGGAGGACAUCCCAAAAAGAUUUGUCUCGAGGACUUUUUUGUCUGUAUUUUUUUUUCAAGCCUUUUCCCCUGUUUAUUCCACUCCUCAUGAGGAGGAAACUUUCAUCUUUUUAUAUUCCUCUUCCUCAGGGAAGACUCCCUGUAUCAUUCCCAACCUCCGUGAGGAGGAUUUGAUCCAACCAAUCCUUCAAAACACUACACUCUGAAUUGCAUGCUUUACUUUUUUGUUCAUUUUGUAUUAUUUCUAUUGCUUCUUUGUAUCUUCAGUUUUGUAUUUUUGCACAUUCGCUAUUAUUUUUUAUGCAAGGUGCUUAUGAUAUGUUUGGAAAGGAGACGAGGAGACGGAAGACAAGGAUUUGACGUGACGUCUGUGACUUGAACCCGUGAGAUAGGAAACCCUCGAAAAGUCUGAAUGUUUGUAAUGUAACGAUAUCUACCCCUAUAUAAGCAACAUUCAUAGCUACAGAUUGUGUAUAUACUAUAUUCUAUAAGUGUUCAUAGUCAGAUCUAGAUUCUAUACUUUAUUUCCUAAGUUUGAUUUUGAUUUUGUAUAUUUCCAUCCGAACUUCAGAGAUGGAUUGAUUAUGGAUGUGCAGUUGUUUUUUUUCGGUUAAUCUCAGAAAAGCACCAAAUGACUCUCAGGUGACAAAUCACCAGCAUUUCACAACCAUAAUCCUGCCCGACUUCUUCUCCGAUAGUAUUUUAGAGUAAGCUGUUACACGCUUCCCGGGUCCGCUGUGGCCGGAGUGUUCUAGAGCGUUCUGGAACUCCACAGUGAUCUUUAGGAGAUCUGGUGAAGAACAUAAAGCACUUUGUAGUGACCAGUUGCCAACUUGUUUAGGGCAUUUUGUAUUGCCAAGAAGUCUGAUGCUGCAGAAUGUUGCCUGCAAAUCAGCUGCGAAAUUCAAAGGACUGAUGUGGCACUUUGGAGGUUUCUGCUUCUAAGGUUUUUCUUCUUUUUCUUUCUAGCUAAGGGAAUCCAUUCUUUUGCUAUACCUCCAGUGUGCUUGUUAGUUGUGAGAUUAUUGAAACUGGUUGCCUUGAAUUGUGGUACACCACAGCAUUCCAGUACAGUAUAUGUGUAGCCAAGUGAUUCAGAUUGUCCGUCGACCCUGAUUCUGGCUCGUCUCUGGUGUUGUCCGUGUGACCUUUCAUUGGGAAGAUGUAUAGUUAGUUACAGCCAACCCAAAGAUUCUCGAACCUUGAAUCGGAAAGGUUCUUUUGGACUUCACAGCGAUCACAGCCAGAUCAGGGCCUGCCAAUCACUCAUUAUGACAUCACUGCAUGUACGUUAAUGUUGUUGGAAUUGCAGUGUCGGUUUAGAUGCAACUUUGUAACAGUAUUACACUGCCAGUAUAGAGGGAAGUAUUUGAUAUAUUGUGUACUUAAUGUAUUGUCUCAUUGUGAGUGAUUUAAAUUAUAUUUUCUUAAGUUUCUGGACAACAAUAUUCCUACAUGUAAUGAAGUCAGACACCAGUGGUUGUUUUGGAACUGGUGGCAUUUUCUGCAACAAAAAAAAAAAAAAAAAAAAAAAAAAAAAAAGAAGCUGCUUCGUAAAUGUAAACCUGGUUACAUUUUAAAUAUUAAAAUGGCCUUUGAUCUGUUUAA